AUGUGUGAAAAUUUUAUUGAAGAUUUGGCUGGGAAUUUUAAUGAAAGAAAAACAAAAGUUGAAAAAAUGGAAAGUUUUUUGGAAAAUAAUUUUAAAGAAAAUGGUGGGGAUGAUGCUCAAUUAUAUGAUUCACUUUGUUCUUUAUGUUUAAGAUGUUUACCUCCAAAAGAAUUUCCUUACUGUUUGGAUGAUUUUCCUUUAAAAUUUGUUCUUCCUUUAAUAGAAACAAAAAACAACAAAAAAGUUUUGUCUAAAUUACCUGCUUCCUCUUCUUCUCAAAUUGUUAAUAAUUUUAAAUUGUCAAAUUUAGUUGAUGAAAGUGAUGAAGAUUCAAAUCUUUGGCCGUUUAAUUCUUUUUCUUUAAAUAAUUUAGAAGAAGAAGAGGAGGAUGGUGAACAAAAUAAUGAAGGAUUGAUAAAAGAUAAAGGAAAGGAAAAAAAUAAAAAACAAAAAAAUAAUUUAUUAUUACCUCCAGAUAUUAGCCAAUAUAGUCGAUUGAAACAAAAUGAAUUAAUUAAAUAUCAAAAAUUCUUCCCAGAAUUUGGACUUGAAAGUUGUAAACAAUUAAUUUUUGAUGAAUUUACUAAUAACGAUUCCUUUCAAAUUAAUGAAUAUAAACAAAUUGUUUUGAAAGAAUGGAAGAAAAUUAAUUCUGUUGGAAAUUUUGUUAAAAUUGCAAAUCCAGAAUUGUUUGAUUGUGGGGAUUUAAUUAAUGGAAAAGAAGAAAAUAUUUGUGAAAAUUCUUUAAAUAAUUCAAUCAAACAAAUAAUUUCUGAAAAAUUAAUUGAAUAUAAAAAGGGGGAGAAAAAAGAAGAAGAAAAUAAUUAUUUGCCUCGUAUUGUUUUUGAUUUAAAUGGAAAUAAAGAACUUUUAAAUAAUGAUUGUUUAAAUUUUGAAAGUCGUUUUGAAUCUGGAAAUUUGUGGAAAGCUAUACAAGUAGGCACAAAUAGAUACGAAUUAAUUAUUUCCCCAGACAUUAACCAACAAACUUUACAUUUUCAAUGGUUUUAUUUUGAAGUUACAAAUAUGCGUGCUGGAAUUCCUUAUAUUUUUGAAAUAAUUAAUUGUUUAAAAAAUAUAUCAAUGUUUUCUAAAGGAAUGCAACCAGUUUUAUUCUCUUUAAUUGAAGCAAAAAAAGGAAAUAUUGGCUGGAGAAGGGCUGGAACAGAAAUUAGUUAUUUUAGAAAUUUAUUUAAAAUCCCUAAUGAUGAUGAAAGAAAAGAAAAUAAAAAAAAUGGAAAAAAUGAAAAUUCUGUUAUUUCAAAAAAUAAUGGAAAAAUAAUUAAUAAAUCGAAAAAACAAAAUAAUGAAGAAUUACAAAUUAUGGAAAAAAGAAAUUUUUCUUCUCUUCGUUUUACUUUAUGUUUUCCUCAUGAUGAAGAUGUUUGUUAUAUUGCUUAUCAUUUCCCUUAUACAUAUACAAAACUUCAAUCAACAAUUGAAUGGUGGAUAUCUUCUUCUUCUUCCUCCCCCUUUUCUUCUCUAAAUUUAUUCUUUUAUCGUCAAAAACUCUGUUCAACUUUAAAUAAAAAUUCAAUUUCUUUAUUAACAAUUACAACAAAUAAAAAUAUAAAAUCAAAACAAAUAAUUUUAAUUACUUCACGUGUUCACCCAGGAGAAUCUAAUAGUUCUUGGAUUAUUCAUGGUUUUAUUCAAUUUUUAUUAUCUUCACAUCCUUUGGCUAUUCGUGCACGGGAUUUAUUUAUUUUUAAAAUAAUUCCAAUGCUAAAUCCAGAUGGAGUAAUUAAUGGAAGUCAUCGUUGUUCUCUUGCUGGACAAGAUUUAAAUAGAGUAUGGAAUUGCCCAUCACCUAUUUUACAUCCAUCUAUAUUUCACACAAAAGCAUUAAUACAAUAUAUGGUUGAAAUACUCAAAAUGCCUCCAUUUUCUUUCAUUGAUUUGCACGGACAUUCACGUAAACCAAAUAUUUUUAUGUAUGGAAAUAAUCCGUUGGAAUCAUGGUGUCCAACAGAUAUUACAAAUUCUCAACAAUCAAAAACAUUUUCUCUUCUUCCAGAAAUUCUUUCAAAAUCUUCCGAUUCAUUUUCAUUAAAAGACUGUUCAUUCUCAAUUACUAAAGCUAAAGAAUUUUCUGCACGGGUAUCUAUAUGGCGUCAAUUUAAACUUGAACGGGUUUAUACUUGUGAAUCUAGUUAUUUUGGGUUUGAUUUUGGAUCAAAAGCUGGAACUCAAAUAACAAUAACUGAUUUAAAAAGAAUGGGUGCAGAAUUGGUGGAAGGAUUGGUAUAUCUUAAAGAAUUUAAUAAAACUGUAAUACAUCACUCUCGACUGGAAAAGAAACUCCUCCCACUUUGAGAAAGAUAUAAAGCUUUAUAUUCUCUUUUUAGUGGUUCCUUUUUUUUUCCCCUAUUGUUCUUUUUGGCUUUUGCUGGCGGAACCACGCUCGCCAAUAUUAUAUUUAAUUUUCGGAAAUAAAAUUUAAUUGGAAAUGUUUUUUUAUUUGUUUAUUCUUAAAGUCCCCAGUGCUAACCCUUACAAAUGGAGGUCCUAGGCUAACCACACAGCCAAAAAUGAAAUUAUUAAAUUGA